AUGUCUUCCCCACCACCACAGCAUGCCUUUCCUGGCUCGCCAACAGAUGAAGUCCGAUCGCCCGGGUCGACGACGAGCACACAGCAGGUCCAGACGCCGUUCAUCUACCCCAUCAAGUCUGCCGUGUCGGUGAAACCAUCGACGUCUGACACGCCCCCGACGCCAUCCCGAUCCUCACAGGUUCCUGGUCCUUCGAGUGUGGCCGGGUCGGAGCAGAACGAGAAUCAAGAUGCGGAAAGCAACACGUUCCAGCUCCGCAAUCCCACCCAAGGUCGUUUCCAUCGCACCCCGUCGUCGUCGCUCAGAGGUAAGGGCAACCCGGACGAGUAUCCCGGCCAACGAGGUGGUGCCGGUUCCCUCAAGCAAGCCGAUGAGGAGAACGAGAGUGUCGAGUCCCUCGAAAGCGGCAGUGGAUCCCUGGCGGCCGACGACUCUGUCAGCGAAGGUGCCAAUGUGGCGCCGCCCGAUGCUUCUCCCGGCGACUUUCCCUACGAUGAGAUGCGAAAGAUGAGAUUAGAGGGCGCACAAGAGCCGAGACCUUCGCCGCCAUCGAGGCAGGAUGCAUCGAUGCAUCAGACAGUUGGCCGUGGCGGCGGUGGCGACGGCCGGGCUCGCAUGUCGACGGCCAGAACAGAGAGCGUUGCCGUGUCCGAGAGCCAGCGUCUCGAGAGCAUGAUGCAGCCCAGAUUCCGUCACAUCGAGACUGAGCAGGGGCACAUGGUCGUCACGGGCAGAGAUGGCGAAAUCUCUCGUUGCGAAGAUGAGCCCAUCCACAUCCCGGGUGCCGUGCAAUCCUUUGGGUGCAUGAUAGUGAUGCGAGAAUCGGACGAUGAAGGCUCGCUGGAAGUCCGACAAUGCUCAGAGAACACUGGCAAGAUCCUUGGCCUGUCACCCACCUAUCUCUUCUCUCUAAAGUCCUUUCUGGACUGCCUUGAGGAUGAUCAGGCUGACAUUCUCUGGGACAACAUCGAGACACUCGACGAGUCGCAAAAGGAAUUGACCGAGUCUGGCCCCAGUGUCUUCCAGGUCAGCGGCUGGAGCCAGGGCGAUGCUUCGACACGGAAACGCUGGGACUGCUGGUGCGCUGCUCACCGCGUUGCUACCAAGCGUAGGGACGAUGGCGAGGAGAACACACAGCUGAAACCGACAAUCGUGCUCGAAUUUGAGCUCAUUCACGACAAGAUCAACCCCCUGGCGCAAAAGUCUCCUCCCCCCUCCCCAGAGGAGUCGAUGACCGAGAUGGGAGGUAGCAGUUCGACGAGCCGCGGUGGCAGCACCAAGUCUGGUAGCAGCUCUCCGCCGCCCAGUGUUACAACGAUUGCUUCAGACGGCACCACCAAGGUCAGCACAGCCGUCAAAAUGUCGAGGGCCAAGGGUGGCCUCGAAGGCAUGCCCUACAUCCCCACGCCCGAACAAUUUGUCGAAUCGACGCAACCGUCAUCGAAGCCCCUCAAGGCAUUGGCUCGCCUGAGGCGGCAUGGCGGUCAAAAGAGUGGGCGGAGACCAAGACCAGGCCGGGCGAGAAACUCGGAGCAGGACGUCAACGAGGUUCACGAGGAAGGGGCAAUGCUCGACAUGUUUGGUAUUCUCAGCCAGGUCAACGAGCAGUUGACGGCUCAGAGCGAGCUGCAGGGCUUUCUCAAGGUGGCCGUGAGCGUCAUUCGAGAAAUCACCGGCUUCUCUCGCGUCAUGAUCUACCAGUUCGACGAGCGAUGGAACGGCCAGGUGGUGUGUGAGCUCGUUGACUGGGACGAUACCCACGAUCUCUACCGAGGUCUGCACUUUCCCGCCACCGAUAUCCCAAAGCAGGCUCGAGACCUUUACAUGAUCAACAAGGUUCGUCUCCUCUACGACCGCGAUCAGUCCUCGGCGCGAAUGGUGUGCAAGGACGUGGACGAACUCAACUCGCCCGUCGACAUGACUCAUUCCUUUCUCCGUGCCAUGAGCCCGAUACACGUCAAGUACCUCGCCAACAUGGGUGUGCGUGCGUCCAUGUCCAUCUCCAUCACGGCUUUUGACCAGCUCUGGGGCCUCAUCGCCCUGCAUACAUACGGCUCAAAGGGCAAGCGCGUUUCGUUCCCCAUGCGGCAACUCUGUCGUCUUAUUGGCGAGUCGGUCUCGCGCAACAUCGAGCGCUUGAGCUACACGCGCCGACUGUCGGCCAGGAAGCUCAUCAACACGCUGCCCACCGACAAGAAUCCAAGUGGCUACAUCAUCUCCAAUGCCGAAGAUCUCCUCACGCUGUUCGACGCCGACUUUGGCGUCAUUGCCAUUGGCAACGAGGCAAAGAUCCUGGGUCCGCUCAGCGCCAGUCAAGAGGUCCUGGCCGUGACUGAAUAUCUGCGGAUCAAGAAAUUCCAGCAGGUCGUCACCUCGCAGGACGUGGCCGCAGACUUUCCCGACAUGGUCCUUCCCAAUGGCCUGGAGGUCAUCGCUGGUCUCCUCCUCAUCCCUCUGUCCAAUUCGGGCAUCGACUUCAUCACUUUCCUGAGAAAGGCGCAGACGAGGCACGUCAACUGGGCCGGAAAGCCGUUCAAGGAAGGCCAGGAGGGCACGGCAGCAUUGGAACCGAGAAAGUCGUUCAAGAUCUGGUCUGAAACAGUCAUUGGCACCUGUCGAGCUUGGAAGGACGAGGAGCUGGAGACGGCCUCGGUGCUGUGCUUGGUCUACGGCAAAUUUAUCAGCGUCUGGCGGCAGCGAGAGCAGGCGAUGCAGUACAAUCAGCUUAACAAGCUGCUCCUCUCCAACGCCACGCACGAGGUGCGGACGCCGCUCAACCACAUCAUCAACUACCUCGAGAUGGCUCUCGACAGUCAGCUGGACCCUGACACGCGCGAGAACCUGAGCAAGUCGCACAUGGCGUCAAAGAGCCUGCUGUUUGUCAUCAACGACCUCCUCGACCUGACCAGGCACGAGGAGGGCAACAAGCUCUUCCUACAGGAGCCCUUCGAUGUCUCGGGCACGAUCCGGGAGGCCGUCGAGAUGCACGAGUGGGAAGCCAAACGCAGAAAGAUUGAAUUUACUCUCGAAACAUCGCCCGAGAAGUGCUUUGUCGUCGGCGAUGCGGCCAGGGUGCGACAGAUUGUCGUCAACACUGUGUCGAACUCAAUCAAGUUCACGGAGCAAGGCCACAUCCACGUCGAGAUGCGACGGAGGACAGAGGAGGAGAUGACGGCAGAGCUGCCCGAGGGCUGCGACAUGGAGAUCGAGCUCGUCGUGUCAGAUACGGGCGCGGGCAUUGCCAGGGAGAAGCUCGAGGCUCUCUUCCGAGAAUUUGAGCAAGUCGAAUCGGUCAUUGCCGAGCCAAAUCAGAAGCGGCUUGACAACGAGUCGCAGGACUCGCGCUCCCCCUCCUCGUCGCCUCCUCCGCCGCCGGCGAUGACGACGAUGACGACGACGAUGGACCUUGAGUCGGGGGGCGCCCACGGAGGUGGCCAUCGCAAGGAUGCCUCGAGCGGCGAGAGCAGCCUCGGUCUUGGCCUGGCCAUCGUCGCACGUGUGGUGCGCAACAUGGGCGGGCAGCUGCGGGUCGAUUCCACCGUUGGAGAAGGGUCUCGGUUUACAUUCUACCUGCCCUUUCGCUCCUCGUCGUCACAGGAAGCUGCUUCGAGAUCUGGCAGCGAGAGCAAGAUGCGCCGAUCCAAUUCGUUUGAGAGCGGCGGCAGCGGCAACUCUGGCAGCGUCAAGAGCGAGAUCAACUCUCUGGUCGAAGCCAUUUCGGCACCGCACCUCGAUGAUCACAAUGCGACGCCCCAGCGGCGCCAAUCCGCCGACAUGGGACGCGUUUCCUCGGCCAGUGGCGGUGGCGACAGUGCUGGCGACCCGGGCCACCGAUCCAGCGGAGGAGCGCUCGAGGCGAGCGGGCCGAGGGGAGUCUCUGUGGCUCCUCCUCGGCCCACUGGUGCACUCAAACGGCACCCCUCAGCGACGGAAGGCACGAGACAGGUAGCCGGAUCUGCCGUGCCUUUGCGCUCCGUCAAGGUGGACCCGCAUUCACUCGACACCCUCGAUCGGUCCCAAGAGGCACUUCAACAACAACAACAACAACAACAGCAGCAGCAGCAGCAAGAACGGCGCGGCAUACAGCAAUCGCCCCGGCUGCCACAGCAUCGGCAAGGGCCACAUUCGACAACCAUGGUGACGCAGCGAGAAGAAAAGCCGUCGGCAAAGAGGCGAGAGACGCCCCCAGACUUUGUUAGACUCCCUUCAAAGACGAGCUCAAACGAGACGACUACCACUGCUAUGCAGAGCCCCGCCAUGUCGACGCCCAGCUCUUCCGAGUCGGCCGCUGGCGGCAGCGGUGCGGCACCGACUUCGUCGCGCCGACGAGGACCAAUCGUGCGAGGAAAAGUCUCUGGCGCGUCAAAGGGCGACAAGCUGCAGCCGCUUCGGGUCCUCGUGGUCGAGGACGAUCCCAUCAAUCGCAUGAUUCUCAAGAAGCGCCUCGGCAUUGACGGCCACACAGUCCUGCUGGCGGUCAAUGGCGAAGAGGGCUUCCGGCAGUUUGAAAAGGAUGGGAAUGAGAUGGACGUCAUCCUCAUGGACCUUCAAAUGCCCAUCUGCAACGGCCAGGAGUCCUGCAAGCGCAUUCGACAAUGCGAGAGUCAGCGGAGCCAGGGGAACCAACUGGCGAACCGACCCGCGGCCCAUGUUCUCAACGGUCGCAUCCCCAUCUUUGCAGUCUCUGCCACGCUCGACUACUCGAUGCGACAGGAGAUGUGCGACAUUGGAAUGGAUGGGUGGCUGCUCAAACCCAUCGAUUUCAGCCGGCUCCACUCGCUCCUCAAGGGUAUCACCCACCAGGAGCACCGUGAGACGGAACGGUGGAAGCCAGGUCAUGUCUGGGAGAAGGGAGGUUGGCUUUCCGACCCUGCCAAUCGGCCCAUCGCCGGCGGCGGCAACCCUCCUUGA